AUGACGUCGAUAGGUACGGGCUAUGAUCUCACGAAUUCCGUCUUCUCUCCCGACGGCCGAAACUUCCAGGUCGAAUAUGCAGUCAAGGCAGUUGAGAACGGUGGCACUUCCAUCGGCAUUCGAUGUAAAGAUGGUGUUGUGUUGGCUGUCGAGAAGGUCAUCACCAGCAAGCUGUUAAAGCCAGGCGCGAACAAGCGUAUUGCAACGAUUGAUAGACAUAUGGGUGUAGUCUCUUCUGGUCUCGUCCCAGAUGGCAGACAUUUUGUCUCCCGUGCACGCGACGAAGCAGCAAGCUGGCGCCAAGUCUACAAAACCCCUAUCACCACCAAGGAUCUUGCCAGCCGAAUGGGCGGAUACCUUCAAGCUUAUACCCUGUACUCUUCCGUCAGACCUUUCGGUAUCACCGCGAUUGUAGCAGGCUGGGAUUCCGAGGUCGAGCUACCGGUUGAUGGUGAGGUCGGCAGUGGCCCAUCUAUCGGCUCAGGAGGCAAGGUUGAGGGCAAGAAGUUUGGUGGACCGGCGCUCUAUAUGAUUGAGCCAAGUGGAUUAUACUGGGGAUACUAUGGUGCCGCCACAGGCAAGGGGCGCCAAAGUGCGAAGGCCGAGCUAGAGAAAUUGGAUUUGGCUUCCGGAAACUUGAGCCUUCAGGAUGGUGUCAAGGAAGCUGCCAAAAUUAUAUAUAUUGCGCAUGCCGACAACAAGGAUAAGGAGUUUGAGUUGGAGAUGACCUGGAUCAGCAACCUGGACGGACCAACAAAGGGGAGACACGAGGAGGUGCCAAAAGAUAUCCUUGAGGAGGCUGAAAGGUUAGCAAAGAAGGAAUUAGAGGGAGAUGAGGAUGAGGAAGAAACAAAAGAAGAAGAUAAGCCAGCUGAUGGAGACAAGAUGGAGGAAUAG